AUGGAAAUGCGGGCGCGACGCGAGGAAACCGCACACGUGGAUGAAUUCGUCCUACAUGCAUCACUGGACUUAGUCGACGAGCUCAUGUGGACGACGCCUGCCAUGGCGCUUAAGGUCGUGGAUCGGUUCAACGAUCAGCUUGUAUCGGCCUUCGUCACGGCAUCUGGUAUCAAAUUCUUGCUGUUGCAUGAAACCCGAAAUGACGAUACAAUCAAGGCAUUUUUUCAUGAAGUACAUGAGCUUUACGUGAAGUUGUUGAUGAACCCCUUCUACGAGUACGAUACGCCAAUUUUCUCCGAGGUGUUCGACGCCCGGAUAAAGACACUAGCACGGAGAUAUUUGUGA